UCAUAGAGCAAGUUGCACCUGUCACACUCAGAAGUCUGGUAUAGAAGUCCUAACAUGCAAGAUAGCUCAUAAGAAGACAACUAUAAGAGCGGCCAUGCUACGGAGAAGCAGGAACAGCCGAGCUCCGCACUACGUGUGGAGUGACAUCCGACGAGACAUUGACGCCGUGGUACUGGUGAAUGACAGAGAAGAGUGGGGCAACGAACACACACAGAUCAGCGACUUGGACUCAGAAGUGGAUUACCUGGCCGUCACCCCGGAGGUGACAGACGUUGUGCCCGACACGGUGCCUGUGACAGGGGAGUCCUACUGUCACUGUGACGCCCAGGAGGAAACAAGCCCUGGGGCUCUGCUGCAGGGCUUCCAGCCCCUCAAUGACUGCCUGUGUGGAGAGGAGGACCAGGGUUUCGACUGGGUGUGGGACGAGGGCGUCAAGUCCAAUGCAGCGCUCCUGAGCUGUGACGACCGCAAGGUGAGCUUCCACUCUGAGUACAGCUGUGGCACAGCCGCCAUCCGCGGCACCAAGGAGCUGACAGAUGGACAGCACUUCUGGGAGAUCAAGAUGACGUCACCCGUCUAUGGCACAGACAUGAUGGUGGGCAUCGGGACCGCUGAGGUCAACCUGGACAAGUUCCAACACAGUUUUUGCAGUAUGCUGGGGAUGGACGAGGACAGCUGGGGACUUUCCUACACAGGUAUGCUUCAGCACAAAGGGGACAAGGUGAAUUUCUCGUCCCGUUUUGGCCAAGGCUCCAUCAUAGGGCUGCACCUUGACACGUGGCAUGGAACCCUUACCUUCUAUAAGAACCGCCGCUGUAUAGGUGUGGCCGCCACCAGGCUGCAGAAUAAGAAGUUCUACCCUGUGGUGUGCUCCACUGCAGCCAAGAGCAGUAUGAAGGUGAUCCGGUCCUGCUACACGCCCACCUCCCUGCAGUACCUCUCUUGCUCUUGCUUGCGCCAGCAGCGGCCCGACUGCCCUGACAUCCUGAACGUGCUGCCCCUGCCCCCGGGCCUGCGCCACCUCCUCCACAACCAGCUUGGCUGGGUGUUCACCCUCAGUAACGGCACCCCCGAGCAGUCUGAGGACUUGAUGGAGGACUUGAAUGAAGACUUCUUUGAUGACUUUGCAGUGGAGUUGCCUGAUGACUUGCCUGAGGAGUCUAGUCCAUGCCCGAGCCCCUGUCUCAGCCAGGUGCCCACCCUAAGUGCCUGCUCCUUCCCUAGCCCUGUACCCAAUCAUGCCAAUGCCCCUGCCUCCUCUCGUCCAGUUCCCAGCCCUGCCUCUCCCUGUGCCCCUGCCUCCUCUCGUCCAGUUCCCAGCCCUGCAUCUCCCUGUGCCCCUGCCUCUCCCUGUGCCCCUGCCUCCUCUCGUCCAGUUCCCAGCCCUGCAUCUCCCUGUGCCCCUGCCUCUCCCUGUGCCCCUGCCUCCUCUCGUCCAGUUCCCAGCCCUGCCUCCUCUCGUCCAGUUCCCAGCCCUGCCUCUCCCUGUGCCCCUGCCUCCUCUCGUCCAGUUCCCAGCCCUGCCUCUCCCUGUGCCCCUGCCUCCUCUCGUCCAGUUCCCAGCCCUGCCUCUCCCUGUGCCCCUGCCUCCUCUCGUCCAGUUCCCAGCCCUGCCUCUCCCUGUGCCCCUGCCUCCUCUCGUCCAGUUCCCAGCCCUGCCUCUCCCUGUGCCCCUGCCUCCUCUCGUCCAGUUCCCAGCCCUGCCUCUCCCUGUGCCCCUGCCUCCUCUCGUCCAGUUCCCAGCCCUGCCUCUCCCUGUGCCCCUGCCUGCCCACCCUUCCAGGGAGCAACUCAGACAGUGAGGACAUGACUUUUCUUUUCAAAUAUCCACUCAGAAAUGUUAGAUAAAGUUGGCACUUUAUCUCUUCUGAACCUUUCUAUAAAUGCCAUUACCAUCUACUUGUGGAAAAGUCCACAAGAGUGGAAGAGUUUUAUCUUAGCUCAGAUUUCUAAGCACUUUAAGACUUUCUGAGUGGAAUGCUCGCUCACCCUCGAGACUGUCCUUCCAAACUCUCCCCAGUUUGCCUGGCUGAAGGGAAGGGGAAGACAGCCACCCCGGAUAUCCACUACCCCGUUCAAGUCAGAUGACUUAGUUCUAAAUCCAAUGUUAUCUACUGUAUGUACACUCCCUAUACUGAAUGAUUGGAUCCCUUGAUAAAGAUGAGCAAAAAAGACACUAUAAAAUAUAAUACAAAUACUGUG